AAUGCGGCAGACAUGCAGCGCGCAUGCGCGAUUUCCCCAACAGGAAGCGUUUGGCGUCAGCCAGCUGAUGUUGCUACAUUGAAGUCAACGGUCACGGGAAGCGACACUAUUUACGAGCACACGGGAUAUAACCAGCAAGGCUUGACCGUACAGGUUGGAGGCUGAGCGACGGCGACCUUCCCCCGACGGCACCCUGACACGGGUCGCUAUGAGCUCCCGAGGGAGUGGCGGCCGCUCCAAUGGCGCGCUGCAGCAAACCAAGAUCUGCCAGUUCAAGUUGGUGCUGCUGGGUGACAUGGCAGUAGGCAAGUCCAGUCUGGUGCUACGCUUCGUCAAGGGGCAGUUUGACGAGUUUCAGGAGACCACCAUAGGAGCUGCCUUCCUGGCUCAGUCAGUGUGUUUAGAUGACACCACUGUCAAGUUUGAGAUCUGGGACACAGCAGGACAGGAGCGUUACCACAGCCUGGCACCCAUGUACUACCGAGGCGCUCAGGCUGCCAUCGUAGUUUUUGACAUCACCAAGCCGGAAACCUUUGAGAGGGCCAAGGCCUGGGUGAAGGAGCUGCAGAGGCAGGCCAGUCCCAACAUUGUCAUCGCUUUGGCGGGCAACAAGGCAGACUUGGCUGAGAAGAGACUAGUAGAGUAUGAGGAAGCGCAGACGUACGCCGAUGACACGAGCCUGCUCUUCAUGGAAACGUCGGCCAAGACGGCCAUGAACGUCAACGAGCUUUUCCUGGCCAUCGCCAAAAAGAUGCCAAAAACAGACACCCAAAACCCAACACACGCAGCGCGACAUCGAGGGGUCAACCUUCAGGACCCUGACGCCCACUCCACCAGAGCUUGCUGCGGCGGGAACUAGACCACGCCCCCCCCAUCAUGUACUACCAUGUGAACUCCAUCACCACAAUCCCGCUCCAAAAGUAUCCCUUCUUCCUCAGCUAACCGUCUUGAACAAUCAUCCUCAUCAGUGAAUGAAGCCUGCCGAGAAAAAGGGAAAGCAACUACAAAAAUGGAGGACACAAAUUGUGUAUAUUCUGCCUUGCAUCAUUUCAGCUUGACUCCUGCCUGAUAACCUACACUUGUACAAAACCAACAAGCAAAGAACGAAGCAAUAUGAUGUGGUAAAAUAAAAGAGGCUAAAUGUGCUUGACACGCUUCAUCUGUCUGGUCAUCUGGGUCCGAAAACUAACCAGCACAGUUUAUGUGUUUUAUGUUUUUGUAUUCAUAUAAGACCCCAUACAUGUCCGACAGUAAAAAGCAAAAUACAUGCCAUUGCUCUCACACCAUAGCGACAAUAAAGGCAUGAGCCACAAUGCGUUUGCUGACAUUA